CGCUCUGUAUCCCGACUCCGGCUCCCGGCGCCCCUAGCCUCACUAGUGUCGGGAGCCAUGGGCAGUCGGGCCUCCAUCGCUGCUGCUGCCUCCUCAGUUUUGCUCCUCCUGGCGUUGGGCCUGCCGAACCCUGCGGCUGCUGCCCCCCACCUACCUCGGGCCGCCCAGACCUUCCGGCUGUCCAGCUUGUCCAGUAGCGCCCCCGCCCCCGCCGCGGGGCUCAGCUACGAGACCCACUACCUGGUCCAGCAGGUUGAUCAUUUUGGAUUUGAUGUUAAUUUGACAUUUAAACAACGGUACUUAAUAGCAGAUCAAUACUGGAAGAAUGAUAAUGGUGCAGUACUUUUCUACACUGGAAAUGAAGGGGACAUUACAUGGUUUUGCAAAAAUACGGGCUUCAUGUGGGAUGUGGCCGAGGAGCUAAAAGCCAUGUUGGUGUUUGCUGAACAUCGCUACUAUGGAGAAUCCUUACCCUUUGGUAACCUGUCAUUCAGUGAUUCCAAGCACUUGAAUUAUCUGACAUCAGAGCAGGCUCUGGCUGACUUUGCAGUUUUAAUUGAAUACUUGAAAAAAACAAUCCCAGGUGCUAAAAACAGUCCAGUCAUUGCUAUAGGAGGCUCGUAUGGAGGGAUGCUUGCUGCUUGGUUCAGAAUGAAAUAUCCUCAUAUAGUAAUUGGAGCUCUUGCAGCCUCUGCUCCCAUCUGGCAAUUUACGGAUUUGGUCUCUUGUGGAAAAUUUUUUGAAAUUGUAACCAAUGAUUUCAAGAAAAGUGGCUCUGAGUGUUCAGAAACUAUCCAGAGUUCCUGGAAAGCAAUUGAUAGGCUGACAUCCACAGGUGAAGGUUUGCAAUGGAUUUCUGAAGUAUUUCACCUGUGCAACCCAUUAAGAAGCCAAACUGAUGCAAUCAUGUUGAAAUCAUGGCUAGCUGAAACAUGGGUGAAUCUGGCAAUGGUGGAUUACCCAUAUAGUUCAGACUUUUUAAUGCCUUUGCCUGCUUGGCCUAUUAAGGAGGUAUGCAAAUAUCUGAAAGAUCCCAGUGCAUCAGAUAAAAUAUUGGUACAGAAUAUUUUCCAGGCAGUGAAUAUCUAUUACAAUUAUUCCGGAGAAGCAAGCUGCCUGAAUACCUCACAAACAGCAACAAGCAAUCUUGGGAUCCAGGGCUGGAACUAUCAGGCCUGCACAGAAAUGGUAAUGCCCAUUUGUACCACUGGUAUCAGUGAUAUGUUUGAACCUCAGGCGUGGGACUUUGCUGCAUAUUCUGACCAGUGUUUCCAAGAAUGGGGUGUGAGACCUAGACCUUCAUGGAUUCCAACUGUGUUUGGUGGUAAAAACAUCAGUUCACACAGUAACAUCAUCUUCAGCAAUGGUGCACUGGAUCCUUGGUACGCAGGUGGAGUGAAUGAGAACAUCACAGAUACUCUUGUCUCCAUAGUCAUCCCAGAUGGGGCCCAUCACUUAGAUCUACGUGCCAGGAAUGCUGAUGACCCUGAGUCAGUGCUGUUAGCCCGAACCAUGGAAGUUGACUACAUGAAGAAAUGGAUCACACAGUUUCAGGGUCAUCGCUGAAAAGUGAUGUGGAUGCAACAUAAUGUCAUGAUUUUUUUUCCAAACAUCACCCCCUCUACUUUUUCUGUGUAUUCUUUUUCCAUUACUAGAUGGGGGAGAAGAGAGGGAAAGUACAUGUAAUAAAAUUCCCUUGGGGAUUUUUAUUUUGCAGGUGUUGGACUUCCAUAUUCCAUGUCCAUAAAGAGGUCCUUUUCAGUUUUUACAAAUUGCCAAAAAUCUAACCUGGUGUGUCCUCUCUGAAUGUCAGAGUUCCCGAUUGUCUUAGGAAAAAGGGAUGACUCUCCUGAGGGAUAGCUUGACUAAUCUUGGGCUUUGGGUUCCUCACUGGUUGAGUUUUUCAGAUCACCUUGGGGCUACUUGUCACUUCUCACCAAAGAAUUUUGCAAAAACAAACCAGCCAAGAAACCAGAAAUGGUAUUAAGGGUAUGCGGGUAAUGGUAAAAAAUGAUACCUGCUGUUGUGAAAACCUUCUCAACAGGCCUAUAUCAGGCCACAUCUAAAACAUGGAAACCAUUUCUCUUGUUCUGAAAUUGUUAACCAAGGAUAUAAGUUGGGUUGUAAAUAAGGAAUAGGGCUGGACCUUAUACCUGUUUGUUUAUAUUAAAGGACAUACCAGCUGUCUUUUAAUACAGCACAUAUUUAGUUUGGUUGGUUGUUUAAUUUUUUUUUCUUUUAUGUGUUUCUUCCUUCUUGGCAUCUUCUCUUAAUUCUGGGAUAUUUGCCACAGUGGUUCUGCCAGAGAGAAAUUUGGCUAUUUUCUGUUCCAUUUCUCUUUGUUUCUUAGCUCAGUUUUGGGACACUUUUGAUAGGCUCUGCUGGUUUAAAAAAAAAAAAAGAUUCAACUUUGCCCAUUUCAUUUUUUGAGGGGUUUGCUUAUAUAUAAUUUGGCACAUAUAGAAGUUUCAAUAUAGACUUUAAAAUUAUAGAUUAACUAUUCAAAAUUGGUUACAUUUACCUUUCCUUUUUUGUUGUUGGUUGGAGUGAUGUCAUGAAAGCCUGGGGUGUUGCAGCACACAGGGGCAGGUGCACACCAAGUUUCCUGUUUGGUAUCCAAAAAGGCCAACUGACCAAUUCAGAGAGACAGCAUUUUUGACAUUAAUAAAUGGCCGAGCUGUUCCUAUUUUCAAGCUUUUGGCUUCUUUCAUGCGGCACUUACACUGAAACCUUUCUUUCCGAGAGCUUUUUUAGGAUAACAAAUAGGGCUGGAUCAAAACCUUUCAAGGGCAGAGAGGGACUCUCUUAACAGCUUCUACUUUGUUGAAAGCCUUUUUCUCUUACUUCUGCUGGUCUCUUUCUUCAGAGUCUUCCCAUUGCUCUGCCUUGGGAACAAUGUCUGUUCUUUAAAAAAUUUACCUCAAGUCUAAAAUUUUAAAAAAUGCCAAUUCAUGGUUCUGUCUCAGAUAUGAGGACGAUUAUGUGUGUGUGAGCUAAGAAACAUAAGAAGAUAAUUGUCCUUUUUUAGAAACAUUCAGUUCCAUGUUAUGUUGAAUUAUUUAGUCACUGGUUUCAUUUUAAAUUCAGCACAAUUCCAUGACGUGGGGAUCUCAUGACCAAAGUGUAACAAGUGCUGUUUUUUGUCACCCAUGAAUAGUUAUGUAAUUCAGAGUUUAUAAAUUAAAGUUUUUUUUGUUAUGUGUGUGUGAAUGACCCAAGAGAAUUUUCAUUAAAAUGUCCAUUUUAUACUAUGUAUUAUAUCUAUGUAGCAUAUAUGUAUAUGUAUUUGUAUAUAUGCAUAUAUAUACACAUAUAAAUGGUAUUGUUAGUGAAAAAUUUUACCUAUCCUAUUAACUUCCUGAGAAAAUUAGGCCUAAAAAAGUUUUCAUUAAAAGUCAGUCUCUCUCUGUUUUUCUCUUUCUCUCUGUCUUUCUCUCUUUCUUUUUCUAACCCAUACACUCACAUACACACACAGCCCCACAAUUUUUAAUGAAAAUUAGGCCCAAGAAAGCUUUUGUUAAAAAUCCAAUACAUGCAUACAUACACACUGUACAUAUGUAUGUGUGCAUACAUACAUACUUAUGUAUGUAUCAAGCAUAGCUUAAAACUAUGUUUAGAAUAUUGUUAUUUCAGCUGAUAUUAUUUAGAUUUUGUGGCCUUUGGUGGUGGUGGGGGAGCCUUUAAAUAAUAUUUCCCACAACCUGGUAUUUUUGAGAGGCUGCUAGGCAUCAUGGAUAGUAUUUGGCUUAGAGACAGGAAGAACUUGGGUGUGGAUCCUGACUCAGAUGAUACUUAAUAACUCUCACCCUGACCAAGUCUCUCAGUUUCCUCACCUAGAUAAAAUGGGGCUAUUAAUAUUGUAGCAUUUAUUUCACAGAAUUUUUGUGAGAAGCAUGUGAAAUAUGUAUAUAAAGAACUUUGAAAAUCUUAAAAAUACUCUAAUACCCAGUAAAUAUUAUUUAAUCCCCAAUAAUUUCAUAGAUUGUUAGAUCUGGAAGGGACCUCACGAUAUAGAAUGUUAGAAUACAGAAUACAGAACGUUAGAGCAAGGAGGAACCUUUGAUCCAUAAAUAUGCAGAAUAUUAGAAAAUAGAAUAUAGACUAUAACAGUAGAAUGGGAACUUAGUGAUCAUUUCAUUGGACUACUGCAUUUUAUGUAUGGGAAAACAGGCUGAAUGAGGUGAAGAAGGACUUGCCUAAAUUACUAGUUAGUCUGUAUUUUCCUGUAUAUUUUGUAACAGAUGAAAACAUUGACUGAAAUUUGGUUUCAAUAUUCUACAUUUAAUGUUAUUUUUACAUUUAACAAUAGCUAAGAUUUUCAGUUGUUUUGUUUUGCUGUCGUUACAAAGAUUUGUACUGAUUUAAUAUAAUAACUACUUCCAGUUGACAUAUGUGAUGCUGGGACUUUCACUGGGGAGAAGUCUUUGGAAGAAAAACUAUAUACAUCUCCAGAAGAUGGGAAAAGUAGCCUUUAAAUCAGAUUUGGCUUAUCUGUUAUCUUUUAAAGAUUAAGAACAUCAGGCAGGCCUUUUUUUGGGGGGGCUUGGAAAUAAAAUUCAGUGAGAACUCUG